ACCGCUACAGCUGAUAAGCACGGAGACAUAUUUGUGGUUGAUGGGUUAGAGUUUUCUCGACUGAAAACUAAACACGAACUCUACGUUCUAUUUGAAUUAUAGUAGCAUAGUCUAGAUUUCGCUACGGUAAUUUGGGUCGUGCACAUGCCCAUGAAAGCUCAAAGUAUUGUAAUCUGACAAUUCUCAUUAGAAUGGAGAAGAGUACUCGCUUGCUUCAGCCACAAAACAUGGCCUCCAUGUCUACAAUCGGUUUUCUACUCGGACAAAGAAAGAUGGCGUGACUCUUAAGUCUUAUGUAAGUUAUUAAAAAUCCCGGUGAUAAGUAUAUUAAAAAUAAGAAUUUAAUGACUAAAUUGUUAGCCACAAGAAAGUUUAGAGGUCAAUCAUGUAAUAUCCCAUUUCCAACAGCGUUCACAGCUCUAGCUCGAGAACGACAACGAGAUUUCUUCUCCAAAAUUUGGAACUUUACCAUUUUUCCGAUCCGCCAGUGAUUGCAUUUGCAAGCAAUCUUCGAUCCCUAACCGCCAGCUUCACCCGUUCUUCCAGCCGUAUCGUCCGACGCCCGAAUCCUCUCACAGCCUGCCGACGGUAAGUUUCCCCACUUCUUUCUUAACCUCCGAUACGAAUUGAAAAAUCUUUGAACCAUCUCUUGAUUUUGGGUUUUCCGUUUUGAUUUCGAUGAUUCUCAGAACUAGCAUUGCCAUCCGGGAAAGCUUGCAUCUUUAUGGUCGUUAAGCGGUAAUGGGUGAUUUCUUGUUGUUUAUGGGUGGAGUUCACAGUGAGCAUAAAAAACAGAGCAUCUCUUUCCAUUUCUAGAUUCCUAAAGUAAUCACUAGCUCAAUCCAAUUCCGCCGUAGAGAAAGAAUUCACUGCAGCUUGCGUUUGAAGGUUUGGGUUUCUUAUUCUGCAAAUUCGAUUCCCGAGUCAUGGAGGAAUUAGACGAUGGCUACUCAGUGAACAGUCCAAGGAGAGUCCUGAGCUUCUCAAAGACGAAGAACCGGAAGAGGACAACAACAAGGGGAGGAUCGUCUGAUUUCCUCCAUCACCACACUUCCACGAGAAGCAGCCGCCACACUUCAUCAGUCUCCGGUCCAAAACCUUCAGAAGUUUACGGCUUUGUAGGCUCCAUCACCACCAUUGUUGCUACAGUCAUCUUCCUGGCGUGGGCUUAUGUCCCUGAACCCUGGCUGCACUCCAUUGGGAUCUCUUACUACCCCAACAGGUACUGGGCUCUAGCUGUGCCAACUUACUGUAUGGUGGCAAUUGUGUUGGGAUUGACUUUUUACAUAGGUCUCAACUUCAUCUCGACGCCUUCCACAACUUCGAUGUCCAUGGUGUUUGAUGAUUUCACCCGGGAAGCUGCCGAUGAUGUCAAUUUGGCACCAGGGGAUCAGCAGCAGCAGGAGGCAAUCAAGCCGAUUUCCGAUAUUCCGAUCUACAAAAUAAACGAUCUCAUGUUUGGAGACUCUAAAGGGUAGUGGAUAGAUUGUGAGUACACUACUACAUAUGGCAAUUUGGAGCAAGUGAAUUGUGCAGUUUCACAAGAUUGAGAAUUUGUCAUCGCAACUCAAAUCAUAGAUUGUUGAACAAUAGUGAGAAAACUUUUGAGUCUUAUUUAUCCUGAUGCUAAUUAACAGGCCAAAAUCCU